AUGCCAUUAAACAUUUCAUUUUCAGUUUGGGAGAAAGCCAACGGCUCCUCGUCGGAGGAGGAAGAGGAGAGCGAUGAUGAGCCAGCUCCACCCCCGCGAAGAGCCAUGUUUCGAAUUGCUGGACAGCCGGCUGCUCCAACCACAACGCCGCAAGAAGCGAAAACGCAAAUUGUCGAGGAGAUCAAACAAGUCACCACACAGGCCGAAGCCGUAGCUGCGCCCGUUCAACAAACCGAGAAGAGCGACGCGGAGAAACGAGCGUUGGAGGAACGCCAGAAGCUGUUGGAGGCCCAGAAACAGGCACAGGCAGCCCAGGCGUUGGCCAUGCAACAAGCGGCGGCCGCUCGUCAACCCACCGAGGCCAUCGACACCGAGACGAAAAUGCAAGAGGCAAAAGCUGAAGCCGAAGCGGAGAGGAAAGCGGCCGAGGAGAGGAUAAUGGCCGUCAAAAAACAGCAAGAAGAAGCGUUGAAAAAAGCACAAGAAGCCCAACAAAAAGCGCAAGAAGAAGCCAAAGCUCGUCAAGAAGCAGCACUCAAGCAAGCACAAGAGGCGCAGGCUAGGGCUCAAGCUGAGGCAAAGGCUCGUCAAGAAGCGGCAUUGAAGCAAGCGCAAGAGGCCCAAGCAAGAGCACAAGCCGAGGCACAAGCCAGACAAGCAACUGCACAGAAACAGGCACAAGAGGCACAGGAAAAGUCUCAAGCCGAUGCUAAAGCUCGUCAGGAAGCUGCACAGAAGCAAGCGCAAGAAGCGCAAGCAAAGGCUCAAGCUGAUGCUAAAGCUCGUCAAGAAGCUGCUCAGAAGCAAGCGCAAGAAGCGCAAGCAAAGGCAAAAGCUGACGCCGAAGCUCGCGCCAAGGCUCAGCAAGAGGCACAAGCAAAGGCUCAAACUCUUGCCCAGCAACAACAGCAACAGAAACAAGCUCAACAACAAGCCCAACAAGCCCAAAAAACCGCUCAACAACAGCCUCAGCAACAACAACAACAACAACAAUUGACGAAAGGGCCAGCAGCGAAGCCCCAGGAGGCCACAUUGAACUCACAAGCGACCAGCCAUUCAGUCAAGCAACCGAUAAAGGAACCAGGUAAACUGCCCGCCCAGGCUCAGCAACCGGAAGCGAUCAAAGGCGCCGCCGCCACCGUGCCCGGCAACACCGCUUUGAAGCAAACGGCCAAGGCUCAAGAGUCAUCGAUGUCCGAUGCGCCACUCCACCCGGUGCACACCGCCGCGCUAGCUGGCGUGAACGCUCAACGCCCGACCGUCAAGCAGACCGAUGUCGAGAAGCGUUUCGUUGAGAAAGAAGAAUCCCUGCCCGAGAAGCAGCGCGUGGCUCGCGGCGGUAUUUUGGUCGGCGCUCAGAAGUGGGAGCAGGAGUCGGUGGUGAGGGAAACCCAACCGGACAUGACACUCGAACGUGGGCCGGCCGGCAUUCGGCUUCAGGAUGAUGCCUGCUGGCAAACGCAGCAUCGCAUCGCACCGGAGAUCGAUGUGCCCGCCGUGGGGAAAGUCGCGAUUCCCGAGUUCAACGAUGAGCACGAAGUGCAGAAAACGAUCGUCGCGAAACCGGUGGGCUUUCAGAAAAUCGUUUGGAACGAGUUUCCCGAGGACAAUUCGCCGAAAGACAAAGUGCCAGCGCCUCGUGUCAAAGCUCAAGAAUGGAAACCCGUCAAUCAGGAAGAAAUGGAGGUAUUGCGAACGAAUUACAAUCCGGGAAAAGUGACUGCCGUUUGGCCACCACCACAAGACGAAUUCCAGAGAGAAACCGGCGCAAUCACUCGAGUGAAAACCGGCGACGACUUGGCGUGGAUUCAACAGGAACAACACGAGGUACUCCGAUUUGCUCCUCGCACCACGCGAAUCAACCGCGCCUGGCCACCGCCCGAGGACGAGCUCACCAAAGCGCAUGCUGAUCGCACCCAACUCGGUCCGGUCGUCUGGCCUCCACCAGAGACCGAGGAUCGCGAAAGGGAAGCCGUCGAGUCGAUUCACAAAACCCUGCCCGUCAGCAAGACGCACGUCCAAAACGUCUCAUGGCCGCCCCCAGCGCCACAGUACACUCUGGUGCCCAUCCGAUCGCCGAUCGUCGAAACCCAACAAGAGCCAACGACCGCUCAACAAGAGAUGGCGCAAACCGUUGUAACAACGACGAGCGUCGUUCGACAGCCGAUGGCCGCCAAAUGGAUGAAGGGAAGUGUUGGAGGAGUGAGGAAGGAGAGUGUUGGAGGAGUGAUGAAGGAAAGUGUUGGAGGAGUGAGGAAGGGAAGUGUUGGAGGAGUGAUGAAGAAAAAG